AUGGCCACCACAUUCCCCAGCAAUCCGGCCUUCAACAAUGUCUUCUCACAUCUGUCCAAGAAUGCCGGCUUCGAAGAUAUUGCGGCCAUGGCAUUGGUAGGCGCUGCGAGCGCUGCGUAUAUGUUCAAGGGCACAUUAUGGGACAAGCCGGAUCCGUAUCUCUACAAGUGGUUUGAGAGACCUCAGGAGUUGAUGGGUGGAAGGGCUGGUGCGCAGCAGACGAGGAAUAUUGCUGAGAAGUUGGAGGAGACGGGAGCCGAUAUGAUAAUCUUCUGGGGCAGCCAGAGCGGAACAGCACAGCGUAUGGCGAACCGUCUGGCCAAAGAGUGUCAUCAACGCUUUGGUGUCAAGGCUCUUUCCGUGGACGCCUCGGAUUAUAGCCGUAGCCGUAGCCGUAGCCGAGACUACUAG